AUGUUUUUAUGUAGGUUUGAAAUACUUUUUUGUAGGUAUGAAAGAUUAAAGAAAAAAGGGCCUAACACUCCAAAUAAAAAUGUUCGAGAAAUGCUUAUUGGACAGAAGGUUACUCCAGAAGUAAAACGAAAACUUGUAAUUGGGGAAGUGCUUCAGCAACAACUAAAGGAAAACUACAAAGAACAAAGAACAUUUAAAGACAAGCAGAGAUUUGUUCAUUAUAUUUCUGGAGAUAUAGUCAAAAAAUAUAGGUGUGAAAAUUUGGUAAGAUUGGUUAGUUCAAGAAGAAUCAUAAAAAAUAAAAAUUCUGGGCAAGUGUUGAAAAGGAGAAGGUUAGCCUUUUUAAGAUUAAAGAAAAUCAUCUCAAGCUUUUUUGAAAAAGAUGAAGUAAGUCGGCUAUGUCCUGGAAAAAAGGACACUGUUACUUAUAGGAAAAUCAAAAAGCAAAAGAGGUACCUAAAUGAUUCCCUAAAAAAUAUUUUUAUUCUAUUUAAGACUCAGCAUCCUGAAGUUAAAGUAAGCUAUUUUAGAUUUUGUCGAUUUCGACCUUUUUGGGUAUUGUUUCCUACAGAAAAAAACAGAGAAACGUGUCUUUGUAUAACUCAUGAGAAUUUCACUUUACUUGUAAGCAAAUUAAAGUCAUUAAAUAUUAUAAAUGCUGCUAAUUCAACAGAAGUAGUGAAGGAAAUAUGUUGUGAUUUUAAUGAUGAAGACUGUCUAGGGCGUUUAUGUUUAGCUUGCAGUAAUAGAGAAAUACAGUUCUUGAAUGUUGAUGACAGCAUAAUAGUUUAUAAAAAAUGGACUUCAAAAAAAGUUGAAAUAAUUGUUAAGGGCGAGAAAAAAAUGUGUCAAAAGACAAUUAAGGAAGAGGUUGAAAGCACAAAAGAAAAUAUUGUAAGUGUCUUUAAAGAAAAACUGCCCCAUUUUUUAAAACAUUUACUUACUAUUAAACACCAAUAUAAAUGUAUCGACACAAUUAAGAAUAACCUAAAGGAAGAUGAGGUUCUUAUACAUAUGGACUUCUCUGAAAAUUAUAUAUGUAAAUAUGGACGAGAAAUCCAAUCCGCCCAUUUUGGUGGUUCCAAACCACAGAUAAGUUUGCACACUGUAAUGGUUUAUACCAAAAACAAAAAAACUUCAAUGUGUACAUUUUCCGAGAAUCUUCGUCAUGAUCCUUUUGCUAUAUGUGCCCAUUUGAAACCCAUUGCAGAAUAUGUGAAAACCCUAGUUUCCAAUAUAUCUAUGGUACAUUUCCUGAGUGAUGGACCGUCCACACAAUAUAAAAAUAAAAGUAUGUUUUUUUUAAUAGUGGCAUAUAUUUCGAAGCUUUUUACCUGCCAAGCUAUAAGAUGGCAUUACAGUGAGUCUGGACACGGGAAAGGGGCACCAGAUGGUAUUGGGGGAUGUUUGAAAAGGACAGCAGAUAAUUUGGUAGCCCAAGGAAAGGAUUUAGAUAACUUUAACAGUUUAAUUAAAGAACUUCAAGAAAACUGUAAGGGGAUUUCAUGUCACACAGUAUCUGGUUCAGAAAUUCAAAAAAUUGAAAGUGAACUAUCUACUGCAGAUUUAAGACCAUUUAAAGGUACAAUGACCAUAAGAGAAGUUGUUUGGACAAACACCUCCUAUAAUUUACUGGAGGCAAGGAACUUAUCAUGCUUGACAUGUGGAGUUCAAGAAUGUUGCCAUUAUAAAAUUGGUACCAUUAACAUUCCACAUUUAAAUUUGUCGCAAAAUAAGAAUGAUCAUCACCCACAGAUGCAAUCAACUGAAUUAUUACCUGGUACAUCUAGAAAACAAAAUAAAAAAAUAGAAGUAAAUAUGGCAGAACAAAACCGAAUACACUACAAAGAUGUAUACUCAUCAGACUCAGAUAGUGAAGAAAUGACCCUGGAUGAGCUUAGGACACCAAAAAUAAAAUAUUCCAUUAGUCCAAAAGUUAAUAAUUUUAUUGUGGUUAAGUUGUCUUCCAAAAAGCAGAGUAAAUAUUUUAUUGGAUUGGUAAUAAAUAUUGACCGUGAUUAUAAUUACACGGUGAAGUUUUUAAAAAAAAUUCAUGAAUACAAAUUCGUCUUUCCUGAAAAGGAUGAUGUGUCCACCAUUUCAUUGGACGAAGUUGUUUGUGUUUUAGCAUCACCUGAUCUAAAUAAACGGGAACAAUAUAUUUUUAAUUCUUUGCCGGAUAAUGUUUAUAUUUCAUAAGUGUUUUUGUUUUUACAGUAUUUUUAUAUAAUUUCACAUUGCAUUUUUGUAACACAAUAAAAUUUUUAUUUUGACACUUGUUAUAUUAAUAUAGAAUCCUGUUUUCUCACUUUCGUUAAUUACUAUCUCACUUGCGUUAACCAAAACAUUACAAAAUCUAAAAAUAUAAGCAAUAUAAAAAAAUUUAAGCUUUACCUGUUAUUAGAGUAUUAAUAUUUACAUUUUCUUGUUCUAUGAAGGUCUUUCAUAGUUGGCUUUUUAAAUUUUUAAUUUAUAAUUUUUUUAUAAUUGAAAAUGUACAUUUUGGUAGCAA